AAGAAAAGGAUUGCGGGAAGAGAAGAAGUAAUGCGGCGUUUGUUAUGAAUGAGUGUAUAGAAAGAGAGUCACAGUAGAUAUAUUAUUUUAGGGUUUUAGGGAUUUUAAAAAAAAAUUAGGAUUAUUUAAAUUUAAAAUGGGUUGCGCUGGAUCCAAAGGAGACAAAGGGCCGCUGAAAAAAAUCCGAAAGCCAAAACCUUGGAAGCAUCCUCAGCCCAUAACAAAAUCUCAGCUUGUGCAGCUGCGUGACGAAUUUUGGGAUACUGCUCCUCACUAUGGUGGCACAAAAGCAGAAAUUUGGGAUGCUCUACGAGCUGCCGGUGAAGCUGAGCUAAGCCUUGCACAAGCUAUUGUGGAGAGUGCGGGUGUGAUUGCUCAGAAUGCUGAUUUGACAGUAUGCUACGAUGAAAGAGGUGCAAAGUAUGAACUGCCCAAGUACGUAUUGAGUGAGCCGACCAACUUAAUCCGAGAAACUUGAUAAAUGAGCGAACAUUGAAUGUACAUCAUGUAUAUUAUUAUUAUUAUUAUAAAUGCCUUCAUUUCUUGCAUUUGCACUCUUGUAAAAAAAUUCUGCUGUCAAACUCAACUAAGACUCGGCAAUUGUUUAGUUUUAGUUCCAAGGAAAAAAGAUGCCAGAUUUCCUAUUAAAA